UGUCAGGGUUACAUUUCCGCGUUAAGUUGUAUUAUAAAGAGCUGCUGGGGGGAGAGAACCUUUAAAGUCACCAUCACCUGCUGCGUUCACCUGCUUGCAUCUAUCAACGUGAGCAUGUUCGUCAUUUUAACCUGACGCGACACUUUUAUCUAAUUGGUUAGAAGCAGGCAGAGGGGUGGGUUUGACAGAGGAUUUCCUGAAAUCCUAUUGGCUGAGGACGGCUUGGAGUGCCGUGACGCAUAUUGGAAUUCCCGAAGUUACCAAGUUCACAGGGACAAGAGGAGCGUCUUUCUUGCGAAAUAAGUUGAUUAUUUUUUUUUUACCGCGAUUGCAUCCAAAAGAAGCAGGGAUUGUUUAAAAAAAAAAAACACUGAAAGUGUCCCUGCUGCGCCAACUCGAGCCUGAAAGGGGCGAUGUCGGACAACAGCAACAGCACCGGCAGCAGUGGCUCCUCGACCAACAGCUGGACCCUCCUCUCGCCCGAGGAAGCGGCUGGCGACAACGUGGGGCCAGUGGAUGACGGCACGGAGAGCCUGGGCGACGCCCCUAGUCUGUCUGAGGACAUGGCAGCAGGUGUAGCUAUGGAGUUCAAGCCAAGUGACAUUCCAGUAGAGAGUGUCUUAUCAGAGGAAGGCCACCAGGUGUGUCAAGAGACCUCCCCAGAGUCCGGUGAGGGUCUCAUCCCCUCCAUUCCAAGCCCACCCAGCUCCCAUCCACCAGAACCGGACACAGAGAGCCAGGCUCCCAUCAUUCACGACAUUGUAACAAGCUCACCCAGUGACAACGAGCACCUGUGCAGCGUGCCCUUUGUCUCUAGCAUCGAUUUCCUGGUGUCCCAGGAUAUCGCUGCCACUGAUGCAGAUGAGCCGGAGGAGACCCUUCUUGAUGCCCCCCUGACAGAAAGGCCAGUCAUUGAGGAACCAGAGGCUGACACCCCGGUCAGACUCUCUGAAGAGCCACAGGUGGACGUCCCCACUGAGACCACCACAGUUUCUGAGGUUCCCAGCCUUGUAGAACCAGCAAGGCCGGAAGCAGAAAGCCCUGCUGAUGAGGACCUUGUCCCGGAAACAGUUGGCUCUGCAGAGGAGGAGCCUUGUGUGGAGGAGGAGGAGGAGGAGCAGGAGGAGUUAGAGAUGCAGGAGGAAGAGAAGGAAGAUGAAGAAUCCCCCGUUAGCUUUCACGUCGAUGUUUCAAGUGACCAUGAUGAUGGACUCCGGAGGAGGGCUAUGCAAUCCUCUGACACGCCAAGGCCAAAAGUGUCGGAUGAGGAAGACGAGGAAGAAGAGGAGGAGGCUGACGAGGGGAAGUUCAGGCUGGUGGAGAAAAAGGAGGACAAGGCAUGGUGGUCCAUAAACAAGUGCGUGGUGGGGGCUGCCAUCCUGCUCUUUUUGGGCUCCCUCUUCCUCUCUGGAGAAUUUGACGCCUCCGACGGGAGCGAACAAAGCCAGAGCCAGGACUUGCCUAGCAGUACCAAUCGACAGGAAAUAAUGGAGCUGUUAGACAAACUGAUGCAGGAAAACAAACGUAUCACUCUUCUUGAGUCGUACCUGCAAUCUCGGAUGAAGGAGAUUGACGCAGCGGUGGCGAGCAGCGACAUCCACGAGAAAGCAGAGCUGGAAAGUGCAAGCGCGACUUUAAGGAAGGAGCUGUUGUCUGUGCCGCACUUGAAGAAAGAAGUGGAAAGUCUGCGGGCCAUUGUGACGGAACUCGACCUGCUCGCAGCUGACCUGGAAUCCAGCGAAACCCAGCCAGCACCGUCAAGCUUGUCCCCUGGUUCUGUUGAACCAGAGAAGGACAAGGUGAAGGAGGAGCUAUACAGGCAGAAGCUUCUCCUGUACAACAGCAAGAAGAGGCUGCAAGGGAUAAAAAACGAUGGCGUCUACCGCAGGGUUGUGACUGAUAGCCUGGAGGCGAUCCGGAAGGAGGCCUCUGAGAAGGUGAAGUGGUGGGGCAAAAAGAAGCCGCAGAAAGAGGGAACAUCUCCAAAGUCCAACUCUCACAAGGAAUCAUGGCGGAAGAACCAGGAUGAGUGGGAGACCAAGAAACAGGAGCGCCGCCGGGAUAGGGAGGAGAGGAGGAAGGAGAAACCAUGGCACAGUCAAGCUUCCCAACAGCAGCAGCAUUCCCGCAAGCCUCAUCCUACCAACGCAGGCGACUUCUGGAGAGACCAAGAGCAGAAGCUGAAACGCAACAUCCGUCCCCGGACAUCCUGCACCUCGAUGGAGGAUUGCGCCGCCGAGGAAGGCCUCUACCCGGUGGAGCUACUCGAAUUCGAAGAACUGCUGGAUGGCUACCUGAGCAAGUUAGAGAGGACGCCGCCCUCCAGCAAGGACGCCAUCCGGAGGCUGGCCUCCGCCUUCUUCACAAAUGGCGUCUUCGUGCACGAACAGGUGAUGUUCGCCGACUUCGUUGACGACGUGGCGGACAUCCUGGAGGACAUGGUGGACGUGGUGGAGGACGGCCGGCGCAAGGGCGAUGACUCCCUGGAGGAGGAGAUGGAGGAGUUCGAGAGGGAGGCCAUGUGGAAGUUUGCCAACACGGUCUGAGCCAGAUUCCACACUUGGGGUGGGGUGGGAGGUGUGGAUUUUGGGAUCUGUAAUUGUAGUCCACACACAUCCCUCUGAGUCUAUCGUCAUACGCUCCACUUGUUCUAAGUUGUGGUUUGUUCUCCACUAAUGUUCUGUGUGGACUUUUGUUCACCUUGUUCCUCUUCCUGCUGCUGCUUACCUGCUGCAUGUCAAGUCAUCAAAUUUGGACAGAUCCUUGGAGCGCUUAACAAAUAAGCUAGGGCGAGUGCGCUCAAUCCCAGUGUUUUCCCUGUCGAGCCGGUUCGACCAGUUUGAGGAGGCCAGCCUUUAAUGUACGUGUGCAAACAGGGCAAAGAAUAAUCCACACGGGUGCUCAUAAUCCGAAAAUUUAGUGAAGUGAAAGCUGGACUUGACGUGUUUGACAAAGUGGACAUCAACUACGACAGAAAACUAGUAUUUUUUUUCAAAUGCACCACACUAAGUAGCAUAUGUGAACAAAAGUAUUGGGACACAGGAAGUGCAAAUUCUGAUGACAUGAUUGUAUUUUAUGACUAAGUGACAAUUGUAUAAGAUUGAAAUUUAGUGGUACAAUUGGAGUAGUCCGUGUACAGCUUGUAUAGCGAUAGAUUACUGCUCCCACAGACAUUGGAAGCCCAAAAAAGGGGCUAGUCCCAAUACUUUUGUCUGUUUUUGUUUCUAUUAAGUUGUGUGCACACAAGUAUUGUAGUGUAGUUGUUUGUGUGGCAAGAAAAAGCUGCUUUUUUGGAUAUUUGGUUGAUGAAUGGCACAGUGAGGUUUUGAAGUGAAGAUUAUUUAUUUAGUGCUGCCACACUGCUUUUUUUUCCGGAAAGUAUUGUCAUACAAAUGUGAAUGUGCUCAAUGUUAAGGUCAUCAGUCAUUUCUGCUAAUGUGCCUUUGUUGCUGAAAGUACUACUGCUAAAAGAAAGUAUUAUGCUAAGAGUAUUAGGAGGUUUCAUGGGGAUGAAUGUCAUUUCUUCAAGGAACGUUGUAUUUACACCAAAGGGAUUGAAAGUUAGUCUAAAACAGAUGCAUCUUCCCAAGUUCAGAUUUGUUUCUUUGUGGGACAAUAUUGAGCUAUUUAGUGUUUUCUGAAGUGCAUGUAGUUGAUUUAUUUUUCUUGGCUUAACGCCCUUCCCGGUAAGUCAAUAAAUUAUCACCAAAGCC